AUGGCACAGCAACACAAUAAUAGGAAUAGUCCGCACUUAAAUCAUCUGCAACAAAACGGUUCGGCGCCUUCUUCUCCAUCAAUGUCGGGCUCUCAACAAGGUUCUCAACGACAACCAGUUAAUUACCCAAGUCCAACUUCCUACCCGUCACCUUCUUUGUCAACUUCACAAUAUAAUUAUCCGCCACCAGGGAACCAAAACGAGCCAUAUCGUGCGAGUCCGACCGGAAGCAACGGUUCCCUUUCUCUCCCAAGUAUGCGUUCCUUGGACCCUCUUCAGCAGCAGCAGCAACAACAGCAGCAAGCCGCACAACAUCAGCACAUGGGAUCACCUUUACCUCCACCAGUUGCGCAAAUGGGCGGCCCGUACUACCAAAAUCAACUCCCUCAUCCAUCCCAUCAACACCAAUAUCCAAAUGUUACAUCUGAUCCAAAUAUGCGAUACGCGCUUCCAGUAGAUUCUCGAGUCAUGAGCGGAGGUCGACACAAAAAGGAGAUCAAGCGUAGGACCAAGACGGGUUGUUUGACGUGCAGAAAGAGAAGAAUUAAGUGCGACGAACAACAUCCUGCCUGCCGAAACUGUCAAAAAUCAAAACGUGAAUGUUUAGGUUACGAUCCCAUCUUCAAACAACAACCAGGUCCUGCUGCCAUACAACCAGCACCUAGCUCUGCACCUUCGCAAUCUUCAUCGAUCGCGACCGCAAAUCCUUACGGAAACCAACCGCAGAUGCUACAGAGUGGUUACGGUGUUCCAGCUUCAAUGGCAUAUGAUCCUGCUCUGACCGCACCCAGUGCUGGUCAACAUUAUGACUAUUCAUCUGCAAUCGAUCCAAAUUUGGAAGCAGCUGCUCCAAUCCCGAUUGUCAGCACAUUUCACAAUGCUCCUCCAGGUAUGCCCACUUUCCGACUUCACCAAAAAAUUAUGCCAAGUGCAAUUCCGUACCCCUUCCAAGUAUCCGAUGCUACCCACCUCAGAGGUGGUACUGGUUCCCCCUCCCCCCCUCCAGUUGCAUCUUUUUCAGACGAAGCAGCUGACACGACUUUUCUUCCAGCCCAACGAUCUAUCGACGAUUUGCUAUCGUAUGGCAACCCCCCCGCACCUGCCGAUCAAACGGUGCAAGACGUUUCGCAGAAUCCACAAUCACUCGAUGAAGCAAAGCAUCUCUACUACAGUAUCUAUUCUCCUGGUCUAGAGAGUUUCCUCGAAUCAAAAUGGUUCAGUGCCAAAGGUGCUUCUAAACUCAUGAGCGACAAACCACUACUCGAAAAGUUUGGAACACUACUCCUCCAAUUCUCAAAAACCAUUGUGUCUGAUCCCAUCGCAAUCGCACACACCGCCAGUGUUGAGGCAAAGGUUGUCUGGGCUUUGGCCUGUAUGGUCAAGCUUGGUGCAGAGGAUGCAAAGGAGGCCAAGGUUGAGGCUAAGAGUGCGCUCCCUGCCCAGGACGAUCCAAUUGAGGCGGAUCAUCGAUUGACAGUCUUUGAAUGUCUUUUGACGGGUAAAGUUGCUGAAAGUAACCAGCUCACUGCUCCUGUUCAAGGAAGUGGAGAUCACCACAGAUUGAGGGAACUGGAAUUCUGGUACACUCUGGCAAACUUUGUAUGUCUUCGAGAAGAUGAUCCCAAUUGUGUCAAGGACGUUGAUGAAACUCUUGGUACCCUAAGAAAUCUUUUGGACGGCCGAGAGAAUCGCGAUGUCUUGUACUCAAUUGCCAUUAUUCGAGCCAUGGGACAACGUGUUUCUGAGUAUACACCUAGCGACACUCCACUUCAUUUCGAUGAAAGUGACAACCGCAGUAAGCUUCUUGUGGCAAAGAAGUUUGUUCAGGAUGAAGCAAGUGGUUCCGGUACCACAAAUGUUAUCCGAAGAUUGUGUGAGCUUGCUACACGCACAUGGACUACUCCAGCACCUCUCGUACCUACCCCCAAAUAA